CUUCUCUCCCAGCUUGAAUGGAGAGAGAGAGAGAGAGAGAGAGAGAGGAGCUCUGAAGGUGGACGGACAGGAGUCACACAGACCGGGUCGAAGUUCCGCAUCGGAAAGCGAGUCACAACAAGCUGUAAAUCUCACCGUGGGACCCCUCAAAGCCCCGCUGGAGUGGGACUUUUUUGUUUUUUUUAAGGCUGGAUGUUUGAAGAAAUUAUUCAUAAGGCAAGGUAUUAUUAUUUUUUUGAUUACUCCCUAAAGGAAAGUUUGUUACGGGACAAAGGACAACAACAUUUAGCGAUCUGCUGCUUUAUUUCACGACAAUAAAACAGCAGAACUUCACAUUUUGUCCUGAGCACGAAUAUUUCAACUUGAUGCACCAGUGCUUUUGUGAUUGUGUUCACAUGCUCCCAAUAUAACAGCAAACAAAGCGUGCAGGAGGAACCUCUUUCUUCUACUUCAGCAGGCGACAUUUUAAGCAUUUUUUAUUAUUAUUAUUAUUAGCUGCUGUCAUCCUCUUGACCCUACCCGGUUAAAUACAGUUUUUGCACAGAGAGAGGGGGGGAGAAAAUGAUGCGGAUGCCUAAAGGCGUCUCUCCGGCAGCGGGUCGGCAGACGGUGGUGGGUCUCUCCUGCUCCCAGAACAAAAUGAAGGUUUUGUCCACCGGGGGGGUGAAGGCCGAGCUGUUCGGUGCCGGGAUGUCCAGUCCGUUGAUGAACACGAUACCGGCCGGAUAUUUCACCCAGAUCUGCAACACGGCCGCGGCCGAACAAAGAGCCAACAACAGCCUGUAUUCAACCCCCCACGGACCCGAGGCUAAACCCAUCAGAUCAUCCUCAGGGCGGCUACCGGCUAAAAGGAAGCUGGAUUUAGAGGAUCCUCUGUACCUGCCCGAGUUUCGCACACCCAAAGGCAAAGGCGGCAUCGCAGCCAGGAUACCAAGUCCAAGGACUCCAAAGUCUCCCGGGGAGCGGACUCGGUACGACACCUCCUUGGGCCUCCUGACCAAGAAAUUUGUGGGUCUGAUCGCCGAGUCUCCCGAUGGCGUUCUCGACCUGAACUGGGCCACAGAGGUCCUGGAGGUCCAGAAGAGACGCAUCUACGACAUCACCAACGUCCUGGAGGGAGUCCAGCUGAUCCGGAAGAAGUCCAAGAACAACAUUCAGUGGCUCGUCGGGGAUGUGUUCGAGGGCGGUGCAGGCGGAGGAGAGAAGGCCUGCGCCCUCAGGAGAGAGCUCGGAGACCUGGAGCGAGAGGAGAGAUCUCUGGAUGAACUGAUCCACUCGAGCACCACGCAGCUCAAACAGCUCACGGAGCACGGAGACAAUCAGAGGUUGGGCUAUGUGACAUAUCAGGACAUCCGCUCCAUCGGCAGCCUCCGAGACCAGACGGUCAUUGCUGUCAAGGCCCCUGCUGACACCAAACUGGAGGUUCCAGACAUGGCAGGACAGGGAUCGUUACAGAUCUAUUUGAAGAGUAAGAACGGUCCCAUUGAAGUCUACCUGUGUCCAGAGGAAGGCCUUGAGGACGCCAGCCCUGUUAAGAGUGCUAUAACCCCUAAAAAGGAGUUCCCUCCCCCCUCUCAUUGUACUCCUACCCCGACCUCCAUGGGCCCGCCGAGCUUCAGCAUCAAAGAGGAGCCUGCAGAAUCCAACAUAUCCACAGCACCUCCAGCAUCCUCCUCCUCCGUUGCAGCCUCUGCCUCCUCGCUGCUGGACGUCGAGGGUCUGCUGGGUCUACCCCCGGGCCUGCUCCAGAUCACCGACGACCAGCUCCCCGGCACGUCUUUCACUUCAGACCCCAACACCCCCUUCGUCAGCUUUUCUCCUCCUCUGGACCACGAUGAUUAUCUGUGGAGCCUGGAGGACAGCGAGGGGGUGUCGGAUUUCUUCGACACGUAUGAUCUGGGAGAUCUGUUGAAGAGCUGAGGUAUAGAUGAGUUGUGGGGAGGAGGGGAGGGGAGGGGGAUAUUUAAUGAACGUCUUAAGGAGGUAGGACAUAUCACACUAUGAAGCCAUCACUCUUUCUUUAUGCCAUGCUUGUUUUGAUUUCAGUAGUUUCGCGGGAGGAGUUGCCUCCUUUUUUGUUAUUUUAAUAAAGAAGAAAUAAUUUGUACAUAUGAUUGUAAAAAGUGAUCACGAUUGGAGGUCGGGCGGGAGAUUUACACUGAUGUGUGUAUUCUCCGAACUUUAGGAAACACUUUGUGAAAGCAGGAAUUUUUGGAUUUCCUGCAACAUUUUUAAAAUGCGCUACAAAGAAAAAAAAAAUGUGUAAAAUUCAUAAAGAAGCAUGAGCUAUUAUUAUGCAUAUCACCAGCAACAAAAUCUGAUGUUUUUUUUAUUUUUUAGAGUGUUUACAGUGUGACAACUCAGGAAUUUUUUUUUCUUCCUUAUUUCCAAAGUCUUAAUGUCUGUGCCACUCUUUGACCCAUAGGGGGCAGCCUUGUAUUAUGUCAGCUUUAACUGCCUGGCAGCUCUACAGGAUUCAAUCACUGGAUGAGAGAGUAAGCAAAAGCCAUCAAGAACAACGCACCGGGUGUGUUUUGUCAGAGUCCUACCAUCUUGAACACUCGUUUGAUUAAGCUGUGAAUAACAUGUUUAGUACUUAGUUACAUACACAUCAACAAGCACCAACACGCUGAACAGAAAGCCUCGUAUGAAAUCUGCUUUUUAAAGUUUCCCAUGUUUACGUCUCGUCAGGUUCUCUCUCUCUCUCUCUCGCUCUGUACUUAAGCUUUACGUCAGCCUUUGUUCCUGUUUGGUGCUGCAUCAUGUGCCAAAAUGUGAGACUGGCCAAUCCUGGACAUGCAUCCAGACGAGCUCAUUCCUCUGUGAACAAACACAAUCUCCACUUAGCGAGAGCUCCACAUCUCCUCUUGUUGGUUUGGCAGCUUUAUUUCAAGCCCAGGUGCUUCCCUGUUCAUUCUUGAUUAGGUAGUGUGUUUUAGUAGUGUAAAACUACUAUUGUAUUUCUGAGGAAAUGACCCCCCAAAAAUAAGUGGAAUGCAGCCGUCGUGUUGCAGUGAAUUCAUGUAAUUAAGGUUUAAAUAGAAUAGAGAUAUUUUCCCCUUAUGUUUUGAAUUAAUUGAACUCUGUUGUUAACGGCAACGGGGGAAAAAAAUUAAAGAGUUUAUGAUUUUAUUUUGAGAAUUUUAAGCCCAUAAAUGCUCGUCCACAUGUAUUGGUGCAAACCUCAAGGCCGUGCACCCGAGUUCAGAGAAAUGUUUUUUAUACACAGCUGGACAUUUGAAUUUGAUGUUUUUUUUUGUUGUUGUUGUUUUUUUUGGCUUUCCCUCUUCACUGCAGAGAUAAGCUAAGUGUCCUGUCCUAACAAAACUUGAAAAUGUGUGUUUGUGUGUGAAUUUGACAGUAAGGGAAAUGGGUGUGCUGGUGCGUGAGUUUUUACAAUGUAGGUUAGAAAAUAUGUGAAUUCAGAAUUUGUGUAGUUAUUUUUAAAUGAGCAUUAUUUUUUUCUGGUAUUUGUACAUAGGUUGUUUUGUAUUUAUACCUUUUUUCUGGAUUUUUUUUUUUUUUGGAAAGUUAAUACCGACCUUUUCUACAGUCAGCACAACUGCUUCUUUUGUAUGACGUGCAGCACUUAAUAUUUUUCUUAAUAUUGUGUGGUCUGUUUGAAAUUAUAAAAAAUAAAUACUGAAGCCAUGGUUUACAUUCACA